UGCGGGUGUAACGUAUAUACUGCUGUCGUCAGUAGCAACGCUCAUUGUAAACGAAGAUGGCGGCGAAUGAAACAGACAAGUAUUACUUGGAGAAGGAGCAGCUGUUGGUGGACUCUGACGAUGAGUUCCAGUAUGAGGAAGUGCCCAUUGAUGAAGAUUUCAUCACCUCAGAGAUUGAAGAGGAUCUGGAUCGUGCUGUGAGAACCAUUAAAGAGGCAUCGGAAGAUAAUGAAGCCCUGACCCGGAGAGACAGCACUGUGAAGGCCUCCGUGAUACAGAAGCCAGAGGUUGUGGAUGACUUUGUCAGGAAUUUCCUUGUGAGGAUGGGAAUGAACAGAUCAUUGGAUUGCUUCCAAACAGAAUGGUAUGAACUCCAACAGCGUGGAAUGCUGCAUGAGGAGGAUGUGGGUGUUGUUCCUGACAUCUUCUCACGGAAUCAGGACCUCGAUAAUGAGGUCAAAUUUCUCAAAAAGGAGGUUGAAAAAUUCAAGAAUGCUGCCAUGAAAGCCAAAGAGACGUAUGUAAAGCUGAGGAAGGAGCGGGACUACCACCGCAUGCAUCACAAGAGAGUUGUUCAGGAGAAAAACAAACUUAUUGAUGAUAUCAAGAGACUGAAGCGUCACUAUGUCCAGUACGAGCCAACUCUACAGCAGCUCAAGUCCAAGUAUGAGGUGGCGAUGAAGGAAAAGAUGUUGGCCAAGCUGGAGCGCGACCGGGCAGUGGGUCAGGUCACGGGGCUUCAGAGCACUCUCAAGAGCAUGGAGUCCUUCAAGGGAACAUCCAACAGUAACCUCCAAGACUCUUCUGCUUCCCUGCGCCGAAGUGUUCCUGAGGACAAGUACGGACGUGGACCGACCCACCAACGACUCUCAAAGGAAAGAGAGAUCUACAGCGGCAAGGACGUCCGUGACCUGGGAGAAGACUACAAGAGACAUGCAAACGAUACUGAAUUCCCCGUGGACACUGGUGUCAACCCAUACCUGUCCCAGGUAAAAGCCCCUCCUGGUCACCUGACACGCACAGGAGGUUUCCGACAGUCAAACACUUUCCAAGCUCACUCCCACCCAGUCAGUGGUUUAUCACUGCAUCCGCGUAAACAGAUUCUGGCAACAAGCAGUGAUGACCAUACAUGGAAGAUGUGGUCGGUGCCAAGUGGCGAUAUCAUCAUGACAGGUGAAGGUCACACAGAUUGGGUCUCAAGCUGCGAUUUCCAUCCAUCUGGCGCCAAGCUGGCGACAACAAGUGGUGACAGUACAGUGAAGAUCUGGGACUUCAGUAAGGCAGAGUGUGUACACACAUUCACAGACCACACCAUGGCAGUAUGGAGCUGUUCAUGGCACUCUUGUGGAGAUUUCCUCGCCUCCUGCUCCAUGGACAACACCUCCAAAAUCUGGGACCUCAACAGCUUACGAUGUCGCUUCACGUUACGAGGCCAUGCUGACUCUGUCAACAGCAUUGAGUUCCUCCCCUUCUCCAACACAGUGCUCACAGCCUCUGCUGAUAAAACACUGUCUCUCUGGGAUGCCAGGACGGGCCUCUGUGCACAGACAUUCUAUGGACACAUGCAUUCAGUCAAUAGUGCCACCUUCAACAUGAGAGGCGACACGGUGGCAUCGUGUGACUCGUAUGGUGUCGUCAAGCUGUGGGACAUCAGGAAUGUGGCGCCGAUGACCAGCCUCGAUAUCGGCCCUCACCCUGCAAACAACGUUGCCUUUGACCCAUCAGGUGUUGUAGUGGCUGUGGCAAGUAAUGACAGUGCUGUCAAAAUGUAUGAGGUGGGCUCUGGCCAGACGACAGCUCUAAUUGGUCAUGAAGACGCUGUCCAGUGUGUCUUGUUUGACCGCAGUGGGGACUUCAUGGUGUCCGGCGGCAGCGACAACACUGUCAGGAUCUGGUCAUAGAAACAGGACACCUCAUGGCCAUACUAGGUCAUGGUGAAUCUUUAUCACAUAUGCUGUAAAUGGAACUGAAACAUGGGCAAACAUGUGUCGUCAUUUAUGAACCAUGGCCAUAGUUAAGUGAUAUAUUUAUGUAUUUUUCCUCAAGAAAACUUUAAUAUAUUUGUUUAUUUUUGUCAAGGAAUGUACUCUUUUUGGCAUCCAUUUUCUCACACAGUACAAAGUUGUUUUAUGAGAGUUUAAAGAAUACCUUUGUCAGAAGUAUAUUUUGGUAUUUUAUUGGUAUGACUGAAGCAAUAAAAUCCUUAGACACUGAUCCAUGUUUCAAUUUAGUUUUGUCUUCUAUGUAUAUCAUAAGUCUGUUUUUGUAAAUAAUUGACAUGUUCACCGUGUUCAGAAAAGCAUAUACAUAUACUGAAUCAAUAAAGGUAUGAAAUGAUAAGAGUAUGAAUAAAACUUCACCUGAA